AUGGCCUCCAGCGCCGCAUCUCCGCCGGCAGCAAGAGCAGCAUCGAAUACCCUUCACGUCGAUGCCAAAGUUGCCAUAACCCGGCCACCAUCGCUAUGCAUGAAACCAGCUCAGACCCCGCCAGCCGCUUCCCCGCCAUCAUCAUCCACCCCCGCGCCAAUGUCUCUUACCAGCAGAGAAUGGGUUGUCCCUCCUCGUCCCAAGCCAGGCCGGAAACCAGCAACGGAUACACCUCCCACUAAACGCAAGGCGCAGAACCGAGCUGCCCAGCGAGCCUUCCGAGAGAGACGCGCGGCCCGAGUAGGUGAACUCGAAGAACAACUCAAGCAAAUCGAGGAAGAGCAUGAGCAUGAACAAGACAUCCUGCGAGCGGCGGUGGAAAAACUCGAAAAGGAAAUUGAGCACUAUCAAACCGACCUGGCACACUGGGUGGAUCGAUGUAGGAGACUAGAAAACGAGCUGGCUGCUGUCAGGUCUACAACUUCAGGAUCAUCUUCAAGCCCCUCUGCGCGGGACAAGGCUCCCAGUUCUACCGACAACAACGCAACAAAUGAUACCUCAAUCGGCUGUGGAAACUGCACACUGGAGACGCGCUGUCAAUGUAUAGACGAGGCCUUCGCGGCAAUGGGCGGCGAAGCAACCGAGGCCCGCGAUGCCAAUCAUCAAGAGAAGCGUCCACUGUCUCCAUCGCAGAGAGAUGGCGGGGAAAAGAGGAUAAAGAUCGAAAGCAAGGAGAAUCUGGAAAUUGACUUCACGGCAGUCUACGCUUCGAAUACUCUCCCAGAACGACCUCAUUUAGAGAAUCACUCACCUACGUCGGUGGUAGCGGAUCCGUGCGGCUUUUGCUCAGACGGUACACCUUGCAUAUGCGCCGAAGUCGCCGCUGAGCAGGAAGAAGCGCAGACUGCGGCGGCCAACAGCAGGUCGACGGCAGCAGCAACGAUUCCGACACACCCACCACCAAGACAACUCGACCAGUUUACACCACCUCCGUCCGAAGGCGAUGUAUCCAUGUCUGUCCCGCCUGUGGUUACCGCGCCUUCGGGAUGUGGAGCUUCGGGCCCUGGAACAUGUGCACAAUGCCGCGCCGACCCGAACAGUACUCUGUUCUGCAAGUCUCUGGCGGCCUCCCGCGCUCAAUCCCAGCAGCCCGCAAACACACCUUCUUCCACAGGAGGAUGCUGCGGCGCCCAAACUCCCGGCGGAUCUUGCUGCCGGUCCUCGAAUACGAAUACCGAGAACAACGCAGUCCCUCUUCCGAGAAGAAACCGCACAACCCGGUCUCAAGCCGCAGCCUACCAAACCUUGGCCCAACAACAAAGCCCCUCCACAAAUAAUAUGCCACCAAAGACAGCCGGGGUGACACUGACCUGCGCAGACGCCUACACCACCCUCUCGCGCCACCCGGCCUACGAGCGCGCCGCGGGCGAUAUUGGCGAGUGGAUGCCCAAAUUACAUGCCAGCGAACCUGCCACUAACAAAGGCAUGGCGGGCGUGGCGGGGAGGCCGGCAUUGGAGAUUGACGCCGCCAACGUCAUGGCCGUAUUGAGGGAUUUCGAUCGCAGGUUCGGGAAGAGUCCGUAA